GCUGGUUUGGGGAAGUUGUAUGUGACCGAAUGCAGUUAAAUCUAAACUGUCAAGUAUACAAGUGACAAUUUAUUAAUUAAAAGAUGGUGGCAACUAUGUGGACAGUCGUAUCGUUCUCUUUUUCUCUUCUUAUAACCCCAUUUCUGAUGGUUCUAUUAGGAAUAAUAUUUCUGGCCUCAAUCGGAAAAUCUCUUGGAGUUAGAAGACUUUACGUCAAUCUGUUGUUGAAGAUUUUCGAGCUUUCAGAGCAUCCAGGUUUCACUAGCAUAAUGUGCAGCAGUCCGAACACGAAUUUUAAGAACACUCUUACUUAUUUUGAGUAUGGACGUCAACACAUAGAAAUAGCACAGAAAGAUCGCCAGGUGAGCAGAGAUAACUCAGAUGAUGAAGAAGAGGAGGAAGAAAAAGAACGAAAAGAUGUUUUAGAGGUUAAAGAAAACUGCAAUAAUGUGUGCAAUAAAACACCAGAAAAGAAAAUGAAUGGGGUAAUAAGCAAUAAUUUGAUCAGCAGAGAAGAUCUCAUCCUCGCACCAGAUCCUGUACAAAACUACAAAGGCACUAACAAACAGGAAGAGACAUCCACUGCUCCUCCUGAUCUCAUUCGAAGGAGAUCAUUUGAGACGCUGAAGAGGGAAUUUCAGCUUUCAGAUCUCCUUGACUAUGUCAAGGCUGGAGUCGAAGCAAUAAUAGAAGAUGAAGUUACACACAGAUUUGAAGCAGAAGAACUCAAGUCCUGGAAUCUUUUGACACGUACAAAUCAAUACUAUGAAUUCAUCAGCUGGAGACUUACUGUUAUUUGGAUGGCAGGAUUCUUUGUCCGCUACUUCUUUCUGUUGCCUCUACGUGUAAUGAUUUGUUUCAUAGGGAUAUGUUGGAUGCUGUCAUCAACUGGGGUGCUAAGUUUUGUACCAAAGUGCUGGCUGAAAAACUGGCUUGUUAACCAUACAUACCGUAUAGCAUUUCGUAUCUUAGCAUGUUCUUUAACUGUCAUCUUAACAUCUCAUAACAUUCAGUACCGACCUAGAGCAGGGGGUGUCUGUGUUGCAAACCACACGUCACCAAUAGAUGUUGGCAUACUUUCCACAGAGACAACAUAUGCUUUGAUUGGUCAGAGGCAUGGUGGUUUCUUAGGACUCCUCCAGCGAGCUUUAGCGAGAGCGUCCCCUCACAUAUGGUUUGAACGUUCUGAAGUAAAGGACAGAGAAGCAGUUGCAAGAAGGCUUCGUGAGCAUGUGUCUGAUCCUAACAAUCCUCCAAUUCUCAUUUUCCCUGAAGGAACAUGCAUUAACAAUACAUCAGUUAUGCAGUUCAAGAAAGGAAGCUUUGAAGUUGGAGGUGUCAUUUAUCCUGUAGCCAUAAAGUAUGAUCCAAAAUUUGGUGAUGCAUUUUGGAACAGCAGUCGUUAUUCAAUGAUGCAAUACUUGUACAUGAUGAUGACAAGUUGGGCCAUUGUUUGUGAUGUAUGGUAUCUGCCACCUAUGUACCAGCAAGAAGGAGAGACAGCUAUAGACUUUGCAAACAGGGUGAAAGGUGUUAUUGCCAGGCAAGGUGGACUGGUAGAUCUGAUGUGGGAUGGGCAACUGAAGCGCAUGAAACCAAAGAAAGAGUGGAAAGAGAACCAGCAAAAAGAAUUUAGCAAGAGACUGAAACUGGAAUGAGGUUCAACUACAGUGAAAAGUUUCCAUCAUUUUAUUGUUUUGAAAAAGUGGUCCCUGUGAUUUGCAGUCUUUUAAUUCUGGAUUAUUUUAUAUGUUUAUUGUUGUCUUUAUCUUUGAUAACAAGAAUGGCUGUGCAAACUAAUUUUGGUAGUACAGCUCUGUUUACAGAAAUGCUUUUUAUGCAAGUAUUUCUUAUGUUUACAUCCAGAAUUCAGUGGACUGACUAUUUUGUAUGGUGAUUACACAUUUUAUGUCAAUUUGUGUUUGACAAGACAGGAUGAGAGUUCUAAAGUAUGAGCAAUUACAUAUGUUCCUGACAUGAUGAGUUGUGUUGUGUCUGCAUUAUCAUUUCUGGGGGUAUUCAUCCAGAAACUGGACAUGCAUAUCAUCUGAAUGCAUGUAGCCAUCCUCACCAAAGAAUUCACUGUAUAAAAUUCAUUGAUCAUUUUUUUAAAAUUUCAUUGAUAGUUGUGUAUUUGUAAUUAAACGUGUUUGUGUCAACUGUAGCCAUUAUAGUAUCAUAAUUUGUGGGACACAUUCCAUGUAUGCAUUUUCAUUUUGUUCUGUUUACAUCACAGUUUGUAUGACUUGUAAAUUGUGUAAAUGUUAAGCAGUAAAACUUGUGCUGGUGUGAUAGAACCUAUUUUGUAUAGACCGUACCAAUAUUUUUAAUGUGCUUUUUAAUUAAUAAACUCACUGUGAUAACUGAAAAGCAACAAAAUUACUCCUGUGGAAUCUUGCAGAAGUGCCAUGGUAGAAGUAAGGUAUCAUUGAGCUUCAGAUAUAUCAAAAUUGAGUGGAAACAACCAAGUGAGUUAACUCAGAUGGCAUUCAUUUUCAUUUAUACAGUUUUGAUUAUUCAGGACCCAGAAAUUCAUUCUUAAACAAUUCCAAGAACUUGCUAUCAUGUUCAGAUAAGACUGCUGGAUGGCAUGACUGAGACAAGGAAAUAUGAGGCUGUGUACAGUUUUUAUGAUAUUAAAGGAGGGAAUAAGUGAAGAUGCCUAGUAAAAUGGGUGGGAACACACUUUGUAACUUGUAUAUAGGCACUAGGUAAUUUUAUAACUUGUUUUGAUGCAAUAAUGUCUUGAAUACAUUUCACUUAAUGUUUUUUUAUAUUUAUUGUGGCAAGGAAAAUAAGAGGGUUAAGCAAGAUUAUGGCACAAAGUAUUCCAUUACAUAUUUUGAAUAACUUUAUCUAAGAAAUGUUGUGUUCAACUGUGACUUUCCUGAUAGCUUACUGUGGAGUUUUUUUUUAAGGUAAUAGCAAAAGCAAACUUCCCUAAUGAUCUUUCAAUAUUUUUGUACAUUGCACUUCAUAAGAUGAAGUAAAAUGACAGUAAAUUAUACAUGAAGACUGAACAAUAGGUGUAAAAGAAAUGAGAGUAUUGUUAUUCUUAUCUUAGAUUUUCAUUGUAUAUAGAAAUGGACUUUCUAUUGUAAGUAGUCAUACCAGUCACUGCACUAAAUCUGUGAAGAAAAACUUUUGUAAUUUAUUUGUUUGUGUACUUCACAUUUUUAGAAAAUGUGUGUUAAAAUGGUGAGUCAAGCUGUUUUGUUGCAUUUUGUAUUGUUAUGUACUAGCAAAGCUUGUAAAUAAACUGGCAAUCAUUAA